UACGAAUUGUUAAAAGUGAAAUAAUAAUUCUCGCAAUUUCAAUAUACUUUUAUUUUUGUUACUCCAAAGGAUACACAUACAUACAUAAAUAUAAAAUUAACAAUAUGUGGAUAACAAAAUGCAAAAUAAUCAAAAAUUUAUUUAAUAUCAAUAAAGUCUCACGAGCAUACUGCAGUAGUACUAGUAGUAGAAAACCCGCAUAUUAUCAAGGUAUAAGUUCAGAUCCCUUAACAUAUCGUACACUUGGACAAGAAUUUGAACGUUCAGUUGAAAAAAAUUAUGAUAAAGAAGCUUUUGUUGCAUGUUCAGAAAAUAAAAGAAUAACAUAUGGAGAAACAUUAUAUCAAGCUGAUCUUUUAGCAUCAAAAUUAUUAAAUUUAGAUUUAAAACCCGGUGAUCAUAUUGGUUUAUGGGCACCAAAUACAGUACAAUGGUUUAUAACAUUUUUAGCGGCAGCAAGAGCUAAUUUAGUAAUAGCAUGUAUUAAUCCAGCACUUCAAGCUAACGAAAUUAAAUAUUCAUUGAAUAAAGCUAAAUGUAAAGUUGUUUUAGCACAAGAUGAAUAUAAAACACAAAAAUAUUAUGAUAUAUUAAAAAAUAUAAUACCAGAAUUAGAAACACAUAACAGUACAAAAGAAUUAAAUUCAAAAAAUUUACCUCAUCUAAAAUCAGUUAUUAUUGAUACAAAUAAAGAAUUGAAUGGAAUAAUUAAAUUUAACGAUUUAUUAAAAGAUCCUAUUGAUGAAGAUAUACAAAAUAUUAAAAAAAUAUCCAAUAUGGCUGAACCAGAUAGUCCUUUAAAUAUUCAGUUUACAUCGGGAACAACUGGUCAACCUAAAGCAGCUCUUUUAACAAAUUUUAAUUUUGUUAAUUCAGCUUUAAUUUAUGGAAAAAGAAUUGGUAUUGCAGAUAAUACCAAAUAUCAUCAUCGUUUAUUAUUAUUGGCACCAUUAUUUCAUGCUUUCGGAUUAACAAAUUUUAUGGGAAGUGUAAUGUAUGGGGCGACUUUAGUAAUUCCAUCUCCUACAUAUAAUCCUGUAGAAUCUAUUAGAAUGAUUGAAAAAGAAAAAUGUACAACAUUUUUAGGAACUCCAACAAUGUUAAUUGAUGGGCUAGUUGCAAAAAAUCAACAUAAUUUUGAUACAAGUACCUUAAAAACUGUAGCUACUGGUGGUUCAACAUGCACUCCACAAUUAUAUAAAGAUAUUAAAUCUGUUUUUAAUUUAGAACAUUUAAAUAUCGUAUACGGUUUAAGUGAAGCUACAGCAGCAGAUUUUGCAUCAUAUGGUGGUGAAGAUGAAACCCUAUUAGAAAAUACUGUUGGAAAAAUUUAUGAUCAUUUGGAAGCUAAGGUAAUUAAUGAAGAUGGAAAAACAGUUAAUUUCGGAGAAUCAGGUGAAUUAUGUAUGAGAGGUUUUGCUAUCAUGAAAGAAUAUUUUGAUGAUGAAAUAAAAACCAAAGAAAUUAUUUCAAAUGAUGGUUGGCUAAAAACUGGUGAUCAAUUUAUAUUGUACGAUAACGGUUAUGGUACUAUAGUGGGUCGUAAGAAAGAUAUGAUUAUAAGAGGUGGUGAAAAUAUUUAUCCAAAAGAAAUCGAAGAUUUUAUGGAUACACAUCCAAAUGUCUUAGAAUCACAGGUUGUUGGAGUAUCUGACAAGCGAUUAGGUGAAGAAAUUUGUCUCUUUUUACGAAUGAAACCUGAUUGUCCAAAUUUAACAAUUGAUGAUGUCCGGGAGUUUUGUAAAGGAAAUAUUGCCCAUUUUAAAAUUCCAAAAUAUCUAAAAAUAUUAAAAGAAUUUCCAAAAACAACCUCAGGAAAAAUUCAAAAAUUCAAACUGAAAGAAAUGACAAAGGAAUGGGAAAAAUAAUUUUAAGAAUUAAGUAUAAUUAUAUUGUAACAUUGUAAUGUGACCCUGUAAAAUUUACUAUAAUUAUUAUUAUUGCAAAAAUAAAUUUAUUAUUGUAUUUCAUUUUGAUAAAUAAAAAAAAAAAUAAUAUUUUAAGGUAAA